AUGUCUCAACAGCAGCAACCUCCACCUUCACCAUCAUCUUCCAAAUCAUCCAUUCUUUCAUCAUCCACACAAAAUACAGAUCAAAGUUUAAUUCAAAAUUAUUUUUUAAUUUUUCAUUCAUCAUUGAAUCAACCUGCACAGAACAGCGAAAGAUAUAUUGAGAAAUUAAAAUAUGUCCCUCCGAUACAAAUUACUCAAAUAUAUCCGACAUUAUUAUUUAAAAAAUUAAUUCAACCAAAUUUGACGUCACGUGACCUCUAUGAUCUAUUGAGAGAAUGUUAUCAAAUUAUAACAUUACCUGUUGGUGUAAACCGAGGCAUUGAUUUCACUAAUCACAGUGGAAUUAUUUUAUUUUUAAUUAAAUUAUUAAUUAAUACUAAAACUACAAAGAAAAUCAAAGUAUUAAUCCUAUUGAUCUUGACUAAUAUAAAAUUGAGUGAAAUUUCACAAAUUCAUCAAAUCAACGAACAACAAAAUCCCUAUGUGAAAUAUAUUGAAUAUUAUACUAGAAUGUCUAGUUCUGAAACUUCACUCUUAGAUCAAUUAAUUCCUAUUCAAGACAAAUCUAUGAAUUCACUCCUUGAUGUUCUCUAUUUGAAUCACAAAUUUGAAAUUUCUGAUUCUACAAAAAUUCAAAUCUAUGAAUGUGAUGGUCACACCAUUCAUCCAUUAAUCAUUCAAGGAUCAUCUAAAACAGGAAAUAGUAAUACCAUCUAUACUGUUUUGAAUCGAGUGAAACAUCAUUCAUCCUAUACAAUUCAAUCGAAUUAUUGUUUUAGUAUUUUGAAACAAGAAUUACUUCAAAAUUUUGAUUCUCUUUCCAAACAACAAUUACAAACUAUUCUCAAAUAUAAUUUAAGAAUUAUGCAGCAAUCUGAAUACUUGUUUCAAUUGAAUGAUUGUGAUAGUAUUUCAUAUAUGGCAAGUGUUCUACUCGAAUCUAUCUCACAAAUGGAUAUUAUUUGUUUCAGAGAUUCCAAUUUUGUAAAUCAAAUAUUUCCAAUUCUCAAGAAAAUCUUUUUAACCAUCUCGAAUAGUAAUCAUCCAUUAGUGACCUCUUCAUGCGCAUUGGUACUAUUAGAAUGUGUGAAAUUCUUUAUUCAUCACUCCUAUACCUUCAUUUAUGAUCCAAAUAUGUUGAUUGAAAGAUUCUUUUCAAUUUAUUGGACUCACUUUAAAACAAAUUUAUUAUUGCAUUUGGAAUUAUUGAAUAUGCUCAUUUUAAAUCAUUCCUUUAUUGUGGAGAAUGAUCUUUCCUAUGUUUACAAAUAUUCCUACAAGACGAUCUUCAAUAUAUUUGCGAUCAUUCCAUACAAAGUUCAUCACUUGGUGCAAGUACUGUUACCAUGUCUCGUGAAUGAACAUUCAUUUACAGAUAUUUUUCACAUCUUGACAGAACUCUCUGAUCCUAUCUAUUCGAGUCAUGUGAACACUUUCUUGAAAAUUUAUUUUUCAAAAUGCAUCAAUGAUGAAUACAUGCAAGUAUUGAUUCCCAUCAUGAUUGAUAAAAUUAAUGGUGGUGAAAGUCAACAAACUAUUCAUACAGGUCCAAUUGAAACACAACAACACACUAGAAAUGUCUAUGAGGAUGUUAUUAUCGAACAAUUAACACAACAAGUUCACAAAGUUUACACGAAUAUGACCACAGCUCCUCUUUCAAAUACAGUCACUCAUCUCAGUGGAACCACAAGUAGUAGCAGUGCCAUUAUCAACAAGAUGAAAACAGUUCUUCACAGCAACAAUGACAAAUUAUUCCAAUCCGUGUGUUACGCAUUUGGAAAAAUUCCUCGAAUUAAUCGUUUAUGA